AGAAGUCCACGGAUGGCUUCAGACACUGAGUCCGGCGGCCAGCGACCAAUGCUGGCCUCUCAACGCAAAGACACUCCCUCCGACGCCACCAGGACCGCAGGAAAGGCUGGCUACUUCCCCCUGGGCUACAAGGAGGGCUUCAGUCAAUGGAAGCCCCCGACCCAUACCCAGACUGGCUCAGCCCCUGCCUCGACGAACGCCUCAACACAGGAUGUCACAAAGACCGAUGCCCGUCAGGCAGACCCCGUCACCACCUCCACGCUCAACGAUCCCUAUGGUCCUCGAAAAUGGAACUCUGACUUGGUAGAAUUGGCAGGAAAGAGUCGCUUCUUGAACGAGUUUUCGGUAGAGAGAAUCGGUGAAGAGGUUGACAACAAUCUCGUCAUGAUUCACGGCUACGGUGCUGGCCUUGGUUUCUUCUACCGCAACUUUGAGAGCCUGUCUAGACUGCCGGGCUGGAAGUUGUACGCUCUGGACAUGCUCGGCAUGGGUCGUUCCUCGCGCCCGCCCUUCAAGAUCCACGCCAAAGAUCGUCAGGCCAAGAUCGAAGAAGCUGAGAGCUGGUUCAUUGAUGCUAUCGAGGAGUGGCGCGUCAAGAAGGGCAUUGAUCGUUUCACUCUGCUCGGUCACAGCAUGGGUGGCUACAUGGCUGUCGCGUACGCAUUGAAGUAUCCUGGCCAUCUCAACAAGCUGAUCCUGGCCUCGCCUGUUGGUAUUCCCGAAGACCCUUACGCUGUCAAUGCCGAUCUACCUGAGCCCGAAGACUCGACAAUGGUCAACGAGUUUACCCAGGACCAGACAAACUCUGCCAAUGGCACGAAUCCCGACAUUUCUGCCUCGUCAAAGACUGGAGACAAUAACAACUUCAUGAACGCCAAAGCGAAAAGAGAUGCCGCCAACAACAGCGGUAAACCUCCUAAGAAGCCAUUGCCCAAAUGGCUCACCACUCUCUGGGACGCAAAUAUCUCGCCCUUCUCGUUUGUCCGCUGGUCUGGUCCCCUUGGUCCCCGUCUAGUGUCUGGCUGGACGAGUCGGCGCUUCAGCCACCUCCCAGCUGAAGAAUCGCAAGCUCUUCACGACUACAGCUACUCCCUCUUCCGUCAACGCGGAUCAGGCGAGUACGCUCUGGCCUACAUUCUCGCUCCUGGUGCCUUUGCUCGUAGCCCUCUGAUCCGUCGCAUUCAAGGUGUAGGCCGCCAAUGGAUUUCAGAACCUCAUUCCGCACCUACCCCUGACGACACUUCUUCGGCACCUACUGGUCUCUCCAAGGUCCGCGAGACAGGUAUCCCUGUCGUUCUCAUGUACGGUGAGAACGACUGGAUGGACAAAGACGGCGGACGUGCGGCAGCAGAGAAAAUGCAAGCCGAGAAGCANAAAGCUCUUUCCACUGCCACGGAAGAGGAAAAGAAGAAAGAGAAUGGCGAUGCCAAGGUAGUGGUUAUCCGCAAGGCUGGUCAUCAUGUUUACCUUGAUGGCGCGGACCAUUUCAACAGCGUUAUGGAUGAGGAGAUGAGAGAUGUAGAGGUCAGAGAGAAGAGACUUGGAUUCAUGAAGUAA